UCCUCCCCCCGCAGUUCGGGAAGGACAGUGGUGAUUCCGGCUGGCCUUACUGACCAGCCGGGAAGUAAGUAGGAAUUUUGUGGAUUUCAACCCUCUGUUUACACGUCUCCGUUUCAGAAUGAUGCAUUUCCUGUUGCUGUUCAGUCGCCAGGGGAAGUUACGGCUGCAGAAAUGGUUCCUGCCCCUCCCGGAGAGAGAGAGGAAGAAGAUAAUAAAGGACAUGACCACUAUGGUGUUGGCACGGAAACCGCGUACGUGUAACUUCCUGCACUGGAGGGACCUAAAGAUUGUCUAUAAGAGAUAUGCCAGUUUGUAUUUCUGCUGUGGUUUGGAGAACCAGGACAAUGAACUUCUGGCUUUAGAGAUUCUGCACCGCUACGUGGAGCUACUUGACAAAUACUUUGGCAAUGUGUGUGAGCUUGACAUCAUUUUUAACUUUGAGAAGGCGUAUUUCAUUCUCGAUGAGUUUCUGAUGGGUGGAGAGAUCCAAGAGACGUCCAAACAGUCUAUUGUAAAGUCUAUAGAAGCAUCAGAUAUGCUACAGGAGAUGUCAAUGGCCUUUGAAGGAGGACGACAAACUGUGUUCAAGUCAUUUCUAUGAAUCAAUGGAUGGAAUUCAUUUUGUUCAACGACGAUGGAAGAAUACAUGAACAAACCGGCCUUCUGAUGACAGCAGAUGUGAUGCAAGGUGACAAGGGAACAUUCUGACUACACACUGUAGGUUGUGUCCUUCAGCCAGGACACAAUUUUAUCAUCGCAUGAUGUUACUGUUCAAACUUUACACAUGAGGGCUGCAUACACAUUUAUAAAAAAAAUUUCAGAGCUGAAGCAUCUUUCUCAGUUUCACUCAAUUUUAAUAAAAAUGAAUCAGGGUUUGAGCUGAAUUUUUGAAUAAUUAAAUUAUAGAAUUAAUAUGUUUUUCAGCUUGUAGUAGUAAUUUAAUGUAAUAAUUGCAAUGCAGAAUUUCAAUAGUUUAACUGUGCCUGCGCUGACACAACCAUAGAUAUAAACGGACAAAUUUUUACUUUUAUACCAAGAUCAAUAUGUAUAAUGAUCAUAUAUUUGCAAUAACUUUAAAGCUUGGUUUAUCUGAAGUGCCUUUUCAUGUUAUUUAACAUGUUGCAUGUCUUAGGAGAUGAAGAAAAAAGCGUCUUAAGGAAGUGUAACGCUGCUUUUUUAAGCUCACUUUGUUGAUGUUGUCUUAUUAAAAAUGUCUUUUGAUAUGA